GAGCCGAACAUCCAAUGGGCCGAUCUCAGCGAGUUUCCUCACUGACUGGAUUCUGCCAUCAGCCCGAGCUUCUGGACUGAGCGAAUCCCCGCUGAGAUACACACCUGGUAGCGAACUUGGAGAGUUUUUCCCACCCCUUAAAAAGUAAACUCAGAAGAAGCGCACGGACGCAGCGAUGACAGCAGAGUUUAUGUCUAUUCGAAGUUAGUGAGACCCGCAUCCUGCUGCGCUGCAUCCGAUCCGAUUGACCCUUCUGGGAAGAUACAACGGAGAUACAGGAUGAAUUCCGCUUUCAUAGCAGUGUUACUUGGAGUGGUUGGGGCUAUGGCCAAUAAGGAGGAUUGUAUCUCGGGCCAGUACACAAAAAGCGGAGAAUGCUGUGAGCAGUGCCAGCCUGGCGAGGGUGUCGUCAAACCAUGUGAAGUCACACAGACUGUUUGCGCCCCCUGCCUUGACAGUGAAACCUUCUCCGAAAACUUAAGUCACACAGAGAGAUGUCAGCCCUGCACAUUAUGCACAGGUCUAUACCGCAUGAAGUCGCCCUGCACAGACUCCAACGACGCCACCUGUGUGUGCAACUAUGGCUACUAUUUCAAUAAAAUCUCACAGCAGUGUGAACCUUGCACCAAAUGUCCUGAAGGCCAGGGCAUGCUUUACAGCUGUGACUUUGACCAUGACACAGUGUGUGAACAGUGCAACGGGGACACCUACUCAGACCAGGAAAGUUCACGGGAGCCCUGUAUCCCCUGCGCCACCUGUGAUGAGGCGGAAGUAUUACAGCCCUGCACCUCUGUCACUGAUACUGUUUGUCAAGUUAUCUACCCUUCAGGGCUUCCCACUGCCUUUACGGGUUACUCCAGUACCACCUAUGAAGAAUUUCCACCAGAUGGCCCCCCACCAGAUAGCCCAACAGAGAGCACGACCACCAUCACCACCACCACAACUAAUGGUGAUUCCCAGGAGAAGCUCUACCAGGGUCUGAACGACAAACUCAUCCCCAUCUACUGCUCCAUCCUGGCAGCAGUUGUGGUUGGCCUUGUGGCCUUUAUCAUCUUUAAGAGGUGGAACAGCUGUAAGCAGAACAAGCAAGGAGCCAACAACUGCACAGCCAACCAGAACCAGACGCCGUCCCCUGAGGGAGAGAAGCUGCACAGUGACAGCGGCAUUUCUGUGGACAGCCAAAGUCUACAGGAGCAGCAGGCCCAGACUCAGGCACAGACAGUUGUCAACAUGGUUGAAGAGCCUUGCUUGCUACUUCCACUCCACACCAGAGAGAAAGUAGAGAAGCUACUGUUCAGGGGCAGCGAAGGAAACGACUGCAACCACAUGGAUGACAGUGACUGGUGUAAUCUGGCGUGCCUCCUGGGAUACGAGGAGGAGCGUAUUGAGACCUUCCGGCAGGAUGAUCAUCCUAUCCGUGCGCUCCUGUCCGACUGGGCGAGUAAGGACUGCGCCAGCAUCGACACACUGUGCACGGCACUGCGCAAGAUCAACCGUGACGACAUUGCUCAGAGUCUGGUGCUGAGUCCAAGUGCUACAAAGCCGACCGCCACUUCUGUCGUGUGAUUUAAGCUUAACAGUGAGCAAAGCACCUGAACCUUAACUUUAAUAUUCUUCCAUGGCCUCCCUCCCGCUACAUAAUUCAUGCUACAACCGCUUUGAGCUAUUCCCCCACGAAGCCAGCAGUUACAGUGAUGAUCGAAUAUUAUUUAAUUUUGAAUCAAGGGAUAAGACAGAAAUUAGACAAAAACUGAAUGAAUAUCAAUGUUGCUAAUCAAGCCACUUUAAAGGAAGCCAAAACCCUCCACUUAACCAUCAGGAUGUGCUUAUAAUAAUUAAUUCUCACAUUUUAAAAUCCACACAAUGUAAAGGGGUGUGGAGGGAAAUAGUCUAUAAUCAUUCCAUUUUGAGCCUGGAUAUCCACCUGCCUUUCCACACUAUCUGACAUCCACCUUGCCGUAUUCUCACUUUAAUAACCAUGGGGCAGCAAUGGGCUUUGAACUAAAUUUAUUGUGGAUACCUGGCUCUUUUAAUCGUACAACUUGAUCUUCUGCACCUUUUUUCAUCAUUCUGAAAUAGUCUGUAUGUCCCUUUCUUAUAGAAUUCAUAAGCCAGUUUUGUAUUUCUAAAUGUUCCUUUACAAUUCUUACCAAAGAGGAGUAAAUGUCUUGUGGCCAUACCUGACAAGUGACAUUAUUCACAUGCCACGUUAGACUUUUUGAAUUUAAGUUGUCAAAUGCCUACAUACCACAGUCUUCUGGAUCUUUGCAAAUAAGACAACCUGACGAAGGAUGAUUGGACCCAAUUCAAAGCAAAAUGAAAACCUAAGUACAGCUAUUUACUCUUGUUUUAAGUACUUGUAUCAGAGUCAAGACAUUGAGCUGCGGCACACGAGGAAUUACUCUCAACUUUGGCUUUGUCGUAAGUGAUUUCUGCAGACUCUGCCUUUUUCCGACAAGUGCUCUAAGAACUGCUGGUCUGGACUCUGUAGGGAGGUCAUUGACUCCUGCAACAUGAGACACUAUUCUAUGUGUUCAGGUCUAUCUGCAUAACACAGGAGCUCCCUCACAGAUUCCUUCAUACGGGCCCAGAAAAGAUAAAGGACGUGGAACUCAAGUCACCCCGUAUGUAUAAUGUAUGUACAUACAUAGGCAUAGGCAAGUUCACACAUUAAAUAGAGACAUACACCUACACCUACAGUAUGUAACCAUGCAUGCAUGUACUAUACAAAUAAACACACACAGGUCAUGUGUUGACAUCCUCAUUCAUUCAUUCAUUGACAAAGAAAACUUCAGAUCCUGCCAUAUAGUAUAUGGAACACUCUCAUGAGGGGACCAGACACUGUGUAAUCUCUUUAUAUAAAGUAACUCUUUUGUCUUUAAAAAUGUUGUCUUAAAUCCAUAUAAUUUGCGAUGUGUGCUACCUAGACAGUAAACAGCAUGCAGGAACUAGCACCUCGUUGUCAGCCAGUGCACAAAUUCCAUGAAAAACCACAGACAGAAUAAUCAAGAUGCAAAACAAAAAUCCAGGUUUUUUUUUUUUUUUUUUUGCUUAAUUUCUCAGGGUAUCUUGAAUGAUUGUGUUACUAAAUCAAUAUUACACCCUCCAUAAAUAACUGUAGUUGUUAAAGAGGAGACACUGGGUUUGUCUUCUUGCGACUGACAAUCCUUCAAACAGGUGAAUAAGAGAGGGGAAGAGUGCCAGAGAAAAGAGAAAAAGGGUGUCUAGUUUCCUCAUUGUUUGCAACAAUGACCUCUGGAUAACAGGCAAGUCAAUGGAGACAUAAGUCAAAGGAUGUGGGAUGAAUUCAGACCAAGGGAAAACAUUACUCAAAUGUAAAGGUGAAGCUCAGGAAACUGCAUUUGCAUCAGUCAGCUUGUUUAAGUAUAAGCAUGCAUUCCUCUCCAUAUGUGCUUUUUACAUUGUGUUAUGUUGCACCUAUUUGGUUUGAAUUUGUCAAAGCACGCGUCAAAAAUUGUAUUGUGUUGAUAUGAUUAUUCUGCCAACUAAGGACCCCUAGCACAUAUUUGUUUUCUUUUGUCCGUUUGGGGGAAAUAUUUGAAGGAGCAAAUAUACUAUCUUAAACUUAGUUAUAUCACCAACUUCAUCUGUUGCUCUCAGGUGCAGACUGUACAUUGUUACUAACCACUGGCAUACUGAGCAUCAUGGUGUAGUGUUUCUUUAAAUGAAGGUAUUCCCACUCUAUUCUUGUUGUAUUUUGAUUCCCCAAAAAUAACUGUAAAUGGUAUUAUGUACUCUUAUUGUCUUAGAUUGUAGCACUUUAAUGUGUAAUUAUGUAUUCUGUUUGUCUGUUUUGCAUCACAAGUGCCUGGAAACUAUUUCUGGUAUUCACUGAUGUUGUACAUUUUAGUUUAUAGUUGUAUAUCUUCUAUAGUUGUUGUUUUUUUUAAACUUGCGAAUAAUUUGUCCUUUUCUAGUUUUUAUUUUAGUUAAACCCCAGAAGGCGCUACUGUACAAUAACUAUGUGAAUGGGAUGUUGUUAUUGAUGCUGUCCUAAAGUAAAAGGGUAAGAUGGGCAAAGGGAAGGGAGGUGCCUGUGUGAGGUACUUGGUGCAAUUAACAAGUUAGUCACACUAUAAGUGUAGUGUGUCAUUAAGACUGUUUAGGAAAAACACUUAUUCACUUUCUUGCCGAGAGUUAGAUGAAAAGAGCAAUGAAUGUUCAAUAUGAGGCCACAGCCGCAGCCGGUUAGCUUAGCCAGGCUAGCUGUUUCCACUUGUUUCCAGUCUUUAUGCUAAGAUACGCUAACUGAUUGCUGGCUGUAGCCGUAUUAUCAGACAGAUAAGAGUGGUAUUGACAAUUUUAAAUAACUCUCACCAAGAAAGCAAAUCUCACAGCAUAAUCUGUGAGGUUGAGAUAUUUAGGAUGGAUCUGGUCUGCUAUUGUGACUACAGACAGACUAAUUGAAAAGUUACACAAAAUUGGUGUCUAAAGAUGACUUUGCUCUGAUAAAUUAACACGUUUGUUACUUAUUGGCUUCUGCAGUAAGCAGGAUUAAGGAAACUUGAUGCACUGUAGGGCCUCCUCUCCACUUUUCUUUGUGACACUUGAUAUUGAUAAUGAUAUUUUGUGUUUUAUUCGUGUUCAGUAUAAGUCAUUAUGACAAAAUGACAUUCCCUGAAAUACUUUUGUUCAUUGUAAUAUAGCUUAGUCUGUGCUAUCUUCCGAGUUCAGUAUUUGUUUAGUUUAAUAGAUAUGAAAUAUUUAAUAUUUUUAAUUGAGUAACGGUGACCAGACAUUGAAUUGCUUGUACAGUAAACCUAAUUGAAGGUGAACAUGUCAUGAUAUUGCACUUGAGAGUAACAGAGUAAUCAUGCAGAUGGGAGUUGGGGGGGGGGGGGGUCAAAAGACUGUCUUUGGAGGAUAUGUUUUAUUUUCAAAAGCCCUGGUAAUGUAGCGCAUAGUGACCAGGACUGAAAUGUACAGAACUGAGAAAAACUGAAUGUUCCUUAUAUACUAAUACAUAGUAUAAUGUACUAUACUUAAUGUGAAUUUGCAAAAUUCCUACAUCAGACAAGCAGUAAAACCAAUAAUAAAGCUCAAACCCACUCA